GGUUAACACUGGGAGUCCCUGUUAACCAAUGAAUGUUUACUGUGAUUAACUUAUCAGGCCCCGAGAAGUGAGCCCUCCCCGAGAUACUGUCACAUGUUCAUAGUAUGUCUAUGAUCAGGAGUCAGGUAACAGGAAGGAAUACCUUCCACACUGAUAACUUAUAGCAUCAUUCAGUCACAACGUUUGCCUGGACAUAGCAGCACUUUCGUGACGCAAUCCCAGCGUGCCUAAAAAUAUUUACCUGACGUCAGCAGCACACGAGGCCUCUAUUUAGGUUAUUGUGCAGCCUUGAACAUGUCACUGACCGCGAAAAAUGUAACGACGGAGAAUUGCAGGGUCAAAAGACGGCUUGGUCUAUUAAGCUCCGUCUCUUUUAUCGUAGGUAAUAUAAUAGGGUCAGGAAUCUUUAUAUCACCGAGAAAUGUCUUGGCAAAAACCCAGUCGGUUGGUCUUUGUCUGGUCACCUGGGUAUUGUGUGGCGUCAUUUCUAUGUGUGCUGCAUUGGUAUAUGCAGAGCUAGGAACUCUGAUUCCGAAAUCUGGUGCCGAACAUGCAUACUUCAUGAAGACCUACGGAUCGUUCGUUGCCUUCAUGUACGUAUGGACCCAAGCCUGUGCCGUUAUGCCGGGUAGUAUGACCGUAAAAGCUCUCACCCUGUCCGAGUAUAUUUCAGAAGUCAUCUUCGACGGCUGUGGGCCAUCACCAAAUAUGAAAAAGAUCAUAGCCAUAACGGCUAUAGUAUCUGUAGCGAUUACCAACUGUAUCAGUGUGCGCCUCGCUGCUCGAGUCCAGAUCUUUUUUACGUUUGUCAAACUGUUGGGACUGGUGGUGAUCAUUGUUGGAGGGAUCUGGUGGAUGUCAACGGGGAAAUUUGGAAGUCUUGUAACCGGCUUCGACGGUACAACAAAUGACGUUCAGGACGUAGCCUUGGCUGUGUACAGUGGCCUGUGGGCUUACGAUGGAUGGGGAGGUCUGAAUUUUGUCACAGAGGAAAUACAAAAUCCUAAAAGGAAUUUGCCUCUGGCCAUCGUAAUAUCAGUGUUGCUGGUCACCGCUGUUUACCUACUGGUCAACGUGUCCUAUCUCGCUGUCCUGACAAAAUCUGAGUUUCUGUCAUCAUGGGCUGUGGGCGUGACCUGGGCAGAGCAGGUAAUUAGUCCCGCUGUUAUCUUCAUACCAAUCGUUGUUAUCUGUUCAGUGUACGGUUCAAGCAAUGGAGCGAGUUUUACCAACUCACGGCUGUUGUUCCAGGCUGCGAGGGAAGGGCAUAUGCCAGAAAUUUGCUCUUAUAUACAAGUCCACAGUCUGAUUCCACUGCCGUCGGUUCUUCUCCUCACGACGCUCAGCGUGGUAUACAUGAUUCCUGCAGAGAUAGCGAGUCUUAUGAACCUGCUUAACUUUCUUGGCUGGCUGUUCUAUGGAAUGGCAAUGAUAGCAGUCAUUGUACUCAGAUGGAAGAUGAAGGAUGCUAAGCGAAUUGUUAAGGUUCCCCUAGUAAUACCUAUAUUUGUGUUACUAAUCUCUAUAUAUCUGGUAGUGACACCAUUUAUACAGGACCCGAAGGUCGAGUUUCUGUACGCUCUGGCUUUCUUAGGCGCCGGGGCUGUUGUUUACAUCCCCGUGGUUUACUUCAAACUCAGUAUUCCUGGCAUGGCUUCCCUCACACGCGCUGGACAAUGUUUGCUGGAAGUGGUUCCGACACAAAUUGUAAAGGACGAAGACCUGUGAUGUUCUACUCAGUAAUGAAACGUGGUUAUAUUUCCCCGAUACACAUAACAAUGGAAAAGAGUACCUGUGAUGUGCUUCUCUGUGAGGAUACGUGGCUUUAUUCCAAGAACACGCUACAAAAGAAAACGCUGUGUAAUGAUUCGUUGCUUUAUUUCCCAACGAAAAUCACAAAAAAAACCUUCAUUUCACAGGUUAUCUGUUACAAAAUGUGACAACUCAAAACAGACCAACAAUCCAACAAUAUUUACCUAUUUGUCAAGCAUCUCAUUACCCAAUCGGAAACCGUCGGCACUUUCCGUAAAAGAGAACAUACUUGUUUUUAUCUCGUUUACGAAAAGAGCCUGCGGUUCCUAAUUGCCAAGGGGUGAAAAAAUAAAUUAAAGUCCCGCCACAUGUUAGAAUGAAGGACAAUCUGUAAUGUAUUACUCCACGAUGCCUACGUGACUAUAUUCAUCUUGUCGAGUUGUUUAUAUUACAUGUAUCUGUAUAUGAUGUAUAUGUUAUCAUCAUUACACUCCACGUGCCUUUCUCCUGGAUUCAUCGCUAACUGGUUCAAUUUAAUCGCAUCGAACAAAUGUAUCUUAAAUUUCCGGUGCUCUUUUAGAACUUUCAAUUGUGUGAAAGAAAACUUCGUAUAGUAAAAAUGGACCGAAGCAUGCAAAUACGACCAACUUCCACACUUGUUACUAGAACCUUAAAGUCAUAUGUACAUAGAGAACAUAUGAUAAUCGAUUUUUGGUGCAUAUAUAUAUUCAAGACUUUAAUAUCUUUAGAGUGUACAAACUGAUGCUGUUUCACUGUCUAUAUUUCCAUUUACUAUGAUGUGACACUUCAGUCAUCCUCGAUAUCCAGGGGUUACGCUCACUUUCGCUCUCUGCACUCCUGUAAUCAUCCUCGAUAUCCAGGGGUUACGCUAACUUUCGCUCUCUGCACCCAUGGAAUCAUCCUCGAUAUCAAGGGGUUACGCUCACUUUCGCUCUCUGCGCCCCUGGAAUCAUCCUCGAUAUCAAGGGGUUACGCU